GACAUUACCCGUUCGCAAAACGAGACCAAAAAUAUUCAUACCCAAAAAUCAUUCCUUUUAUAAAUACUAACCCUCUCUAGACCCAUUUCAUACUUACCACAAUGUCCCAAAGCGGUCUUCGUCCGAUUUUAUUGAGCCACGGCUCCAUGGAACUGACCUCCUUGAUCCCUACCAGCUUAUACUUCAACUACACCCAGUUGAAAGACCAGUUCACCAAAGCCUUACCUGAGUCAACCGAUGGCUUUGCCGGUGAUGAUGAACCAUCCUCCCCAGUGGAGUUGGUUGCCCAGUUUCUCGGCUAUGUUGCGUCCCUCGUCGACCGCAACGCCUCCACCCCAGGCCAGUUCGACGAAGUCUUGAAGUUUACCCUCCAGGAGUUCGAAGCCAGGUUCUUGAACGGCCAGGAUAUCCACAACUUGGCCGCCAAGUUGCUUGCUGACGAACAAUACCCGACUUCUUUGGCCAAGGUCAAGUCUGUCAUCAAGAACUACGUUUCUGCCAUUGUCAACUCCAAUACCGCCGCCGCCAAGGUUGAAACCGCCUUAUUCUCUGCCGCCACCAAGGGUGACGCCACGAUCGUCGCCCUUUUCGGCGGCCAGGGUAACACCGAAGACUACUUCGAGGAGUUGAGAGAAUUGAAUCAAACCUACGGUGACUUGACUUCUGACAUCAUCGCCAUGGCUGCCGACAAGUUGCAGUCCUUGGUCAGAGCUACCGAGGGCUCCCACAAAAUCUACACCCAGGGUAUUGACAUCAAGAACUGGUUGGCCCAGCCUGAGCAGACCCCAGACCAGUCCUACCUCCUUUCCAUUCCCGUCUCCUGUCCGGUUAUCUGUCUUAUCCAGUUGGUCCACUACGCGGUUACCGCUAGAGUUCUCGGCUUGACCCCGGGUGAUUUGAGAUCCUACCUCUCUGGUGCCACUGGCCAUUCCCAGGGUGUGGUCACCGCCGUCGCCAUCGCCUCCUCCGACUCUUGGGAGUCAUACUUCGAAAAUGCCUCCAAGGCUAUCUCCUUGUUCUUCUACAUCGGGUUAAGAAGUAUCCAGGCCCACCCGCACACCUCUUUGCCGCCAUCUAUGGUGCAAGACUCCUUGGAAAAUGGUGAGGGUAAGCCAUCCCACAUGUUGUCCAUUAGAGACUUGUCUCGCGACCAGGUUUCCACUUUCAUUGCCGAGACCAACAAACACUUGCCAGAAGAUAAGCGUGUCUCUAUUUCCCUCGUCAACGGUGCCAGAAAUUUUGUUCUUUCCGGGUACCCACAGUCCUUGUAUGGUCUUAACGUCAACUUGAGAAAGCACAAGGCUCCCGCCGGCUUGGAACAGGCCAGGGUUCCGUUCUCUGAGAGAAAAAUGAAGUUUACCAACCGUUUCUUGCCAAUCACCUCUCCCUUCCAUUGCCACUUGUUGGCUCCUGCGUACCCUGUCAUCAUUGCCGACAUCGAGGGUGCCUCAUUGGAGUUUGAAGCCUCCAAGUUGGCUAUUCCGGUCUACGACACCUUUGACGGGUCUAACUUGCAGAAGAUGACGACUUCAAUCUCUGCCAGAUUGGUCCGCAUGAUCAUCGAGUUGGCUGUCAACUGGGAGAAGGCCACCGCCUUCAAGUCCACCCACAUGUUGGAGUUCGGCCCUGGCGGGGUUUCUGGCUUGGGUGUCUUGACCCACCGUAACAAGGAUGGUACUGGUUCCCGUGUUAUCCUUGCUGGUACUUUGGACUCGACCUCUGCCGACGACGAGUAUGGCUUCAAGCAGGAGAUUUUUGACAGAAACUCCACCUCUUUGAAGUACGCUUCCAACUGGUUGAACGAGUACAAGCCAAGAUUGGUCAAGACUUCCGCCGGUAAGGUCUAUGUCGAUACCAAAUUCUCCCAGUUAUUGGGUAGAGCGCCGUUGAUGGUUCCGGGUAUGACGCCUACCACCGUAUCUCCAGACUUUGUGGCUGCCACCCUUAACGCUGGGUACCACAUCGAGAUCGCGGGUGGUGGGUACUUUACGUCCGGCCACAUGACCAAGGCGUUGGAAGAGGUUGCCUCUCAGAUCCCACCCGGUGCCGGUAUUGGGAUCAACAUGAUCUACGUCAAUCCGAGAAUGUUGCAGUGGGGUAUUCCAAUGGUCAAGGAAUUGAGAGACAAGGGCUUCCCAAUCCAGUCCAUGUCUAUUGGUGCUGGUGUUCCAUCUAUGGAGGUUGCCUCCGAAUACAUUGAGACCUUGGGCCUUACCCACUUGGGGUUGAAGCCAGGCAGUGUUGACGCUAUUGCUCAGUGUAUCGCCAUUGCCAAGGCCCACCCAACCUUCCCAAUCGUUGUCCAGUGGACCGGUGGUAGAGGUGGUGGUCACCACUCGUUUGAGGAUUUCCACCAGCCUAUCCUCCAAAUGUACUCCAAGAUGAGAAAGUGCUCCAACAUUGUUCUUAUCGCCGGGUCCGGGUUCGGGUCCGACGCUGACACCUACCCAUACCUUACCGGUGAGUGGUCUGGUGCAUACAACUACCCGCCAAUGCCGUUCGACGGUGUUUUGUUUGGUUCCAGAGUCAUGACCGCCUUGGAAGCCAAGACCUCUCCUGCCGCCAAGCUUGCCAUCGUUGGGUGUACUGGUGUUCCAGACUCUCUGUGGGAACAGUCAUACAAGAAGCCAACGGGUGGUAUCAUUACCGUCAGAUCCGAGAUGGGUGAGCCAAUCCACAAGAUUGCCACUAGAGGUGUUAUGUUGUGGCAGGAAAUGGAUAAUACCAUCUUUAACUUGCCAAAGGGGAAGCUUGUUGAAACCUUAAACAAGAAAAAGGACUACAUCAUUAAGAAGUUGAACGCCGAUUUCCAGAAGCCUUGGUUCGGUAAGAACGCCUUAGGUCCAUGUGAUUUGCAAGACAUGACCUACGCCGAGGUUGCCCAGAGAUUGGUCGAGUUGAUGUACAUUCGCAAGUCUGCUAGAUGGAUUGAUGUCAGCUUGAGAGCCUUUACUGGUGAUUUCUUGAGAAGAGUUGAAGAGCGUUUCGCCACCUCUUCCGGUGCCCUUUCAUUGCUCCAGAACUUCCAGCAGUUGGAGAACCCGGAUAAGGUCCUUGAGGCCAUUUUUGAGGCCUACCCACUUGCCCGGGAGCAGUUGAUUAACGAGCAGGACUGUGACUUCUUUUUAAUCGCCUGUAUGAACCCAAUCCAGAAGCCGGUUCCAUUCGUCCCAAUCUUGGACGAACGUUUCGAGAUCUUCUUCAAGAAGGAUUCCUUGUGGCAGUCUGAGGACUUGGAGGCUGUUGUUGAUGAAGACGUCCAAAGAACCUGUAUCUUGCACGGUCCGGUUGCUGCCCAGUUCACUAACAAGGCCGACGAGCCAAUCAAGGAAAUUUUGGACUCUAUCCACAACGGCCAUAUCCAGCGUUUGCUCAAGGACGUCUACAAUGGUGAUGAAUCCUCCAUCCCGGUUGUCGAGUACUUCGGUCCGAACGUUGUCAGCUCCGUCACUUCUGUUGCCGGUGUCACUGUUGAGGAGUCGGCAGCCAAGGUUGUCUACAAGACCGGAACCACGAUCCCAGAGGCAGGUGAAUGGUUCAAGUUGCUUGCUGGUAACACCUUGAACUGGCGCCAUGCCUUCUUCUCUACGAAGAGAGUGAUCCAGGGUGUCAACCACGGUACCAACCCGCUCCACGCCGUCUUCGCGCCAGCCAAGAACGUUUCUAUCGAGGUUGCCGCAGGUGUCGUCACCUUGUUUGAAUCCUUGCAGGGUAAGAUCCAGCCAGUUGCUGAGCUCAAGGCUCUCAAUGCCACCACCCUCCAGUUGUCUUUGAUCGAGCACAGAACUGCUGACGGCAAGCCAGUUUCCCUUCCGUUCUUAUACACUUACAAUCCCGCUGAUGGGUUUGCUCCUAUCUUGGAGGUUUUGGAUGCCAGAAAUGACAGAAUCAAGGAGUUUUACUGGAAGUUGUGGUUCGGUUCCGACGUCCCAGUUGACCUCGACAUCGAUGCCCAACAGACCAUCCAGGGUGAUGAGACUGCCAUCACCGUCAAGGACAUUGCCGAGUUCACUCACGCCAUCGGCAACAAGUGCGAGGCUUUUGUCCACAGAGAGGGUAAGGCCACUCUUGCGCCAAUGGAUUUCGCUAUUGUUGCUGGCUGGAAGGCCAUCAUGAAGGCGAUUUUCCCUAAGUCUGUUGACGGUGACUUGUUGAGAUUGGUCCACCUUUCUAACGGCUACAAGAUGCUCCCGGGCGCCGAGCCAUUGAAGGCGGGUGAUGUUGUCAAGACCUCUUCCGAGAUCAGAGCUGUCAUCAACCAGGAGAGCGGUAAGAUGGUUGAGGUUGUUGGUACCAUCACUCGAGAGGGCCUGGCUGUUAUGGAGGUCACCUCUCAGUUCUUGUACCGUGGUGUGUACGUGGACUUUGAAAACACUUUCCGGAAAACCACCGAGACCCCGGUCCAGAUCACCCUCAAGUCUGCCAAGGACGUUGCUGUCUUGCAGGCCAAAGAAUGGUUCCACUUGGAGGAGGACUGCGACUUGUUGAACAAGACCUUGACCUUCCGUUGUGAGUCUGCUGUUACCUACAAAAACCAGACCGUCUUUGCCUCUGUCAAGACCACCGGUCAAGUCUUGUUGGAGUUGCCAACCUCGGAGAUUGUGCAAAUCGCUUCUGUGGAAUACGAGGCCGCUGACUCCCACGGUAACCCGGUCACCGACUACCUCAAUAGGAUCGGUUCCACCAUCGAGCAGCCAAUCAUGUUGGAGAACGCGAUUCCUCUCUCUUCCGGUGAAGACAUGCAGUCCAAGGCGCCUGGUACCAACGAGCCUUACGCCGCUGUUUCCGGUGACUACAACCCGAUCCACGUUUCCAGAGUGUUUGCUGCCUAUGCCAACUUGCCGGGUACCAUCACUCAUGGUAUGUACAACUCUGCUGCCGUCCGUGGCUUGGUUGAACAAUGGGCCGCUGAUAACGUUGCUCCAAGAGUCCGUGCCUUCAAGUGUUCCUUCGUCGGUAUGGUUUUGCCUAACGACCUCUUGGAGACCCGUCUUGAACACGUUGGUAUGAUCAACGGUCGUAAGAUCAUCAAGGUCGAAACCAUCAAUGUCGAGACCCAGUCCCCAGUCUUGGUCGGUGAAGCCGAAAUUGACCAACCGGUCUCCACCUUUGUCUUUACCGGUCAGGGGUCUCAGGAACAGGGUAUGGGUAUGGACUUGUAUGAAUCCUCUCCGGUUGCCCGUGAGGUUUGGGACAGAGCCGACCGUCAUUUCAUGAAUACUUACGGUUUCUCCAUCAUUUCCAUUGUUAAGGAUAACCCUAACGAGUUGACUAUCCACUUUGGUGGUCCAAAGGGUCGUGCGAUCCGUGAGAACUACAUUUCCAUGAUGUUUGAGUCUGUUGCUGCUGAUGGUUCCUUGAAGUCUGAGAAGAUUUUCAAGGAGAUUACCGAAGAGUCUACUUGCUUCACCUUCCGCUCCCCAACUGGUUUGUUGUCAGCCACCCAGUUCACCCAACCAGCCUUAACCUUGAUGGAGAAGGCCUCCUUUGAUGAUCUUCAAGCCAAGAGUUUGGUGCCGGAGCACAGCAUGUUUGCUGGUCACUCUUUGGGUGAAUACUCUGCCUUGGCUUCUUUGGGUAAUGUUAUGCCAAUCGAGUCCUUGGUUGAAGUUGUCUUCUACCGUGGUAUGACCAUGCAGGUUGCUGUUCCUCGUGACGAAGAAGGUAGAUCCAACUACGGUAUGUGUGCUGUUAACCCAUCCCGUAUCUCCGCCACUUUCAAUGACGCUGCCUUGAGAUGGGUCGUUGAUCACAUUGCCGAGCAAACCGGCUGGUUGUUGGAAAUCGUCAACUACAAUGUUGAGAAUACCCAGUAUGUCACUGCCGGUGACUUGAGAGCCUUGGACACUUUGACCAAUGUUUUGAAUGUCUUCAAGUUGCAGAAAAUUGACAUUGUCAAGUUGCAAGAGCUGAUGCCUUUGGAAAAGGUUAAGGAACACUUGUCCGAGAUUGUCGAAGAGGUCUCCAAGAAGUCUUCCGCCAAGCCCCAGCCAGUUGAUUUGGAGAGAGGUUUUGCCGUCAUUCCAUUGAAGGGUAUUUCCGUGCCGUUCCACUCUUCUUAUUUGAGAUCUGGUGUCAAGCCGUUCCAGAGAUUUUUGGUUAAGAAGAUCCCACAGGAAGCCAUCAAGCCUUCCAACUUGAUCAACAAGUACAUUCCUAAUUUGACUGCGAAGCCAUUCGAGAUCACCAAGGAGUACUUCCAAGAUGUCUACGAAUUGACUGGUUCCGAGAAGAUCAAGAACAUCUUGGACAAUUGGGAGAAGUACGAGAAUGCUUAAUCUCUAGAU